AUGGUACUCGCUAUUGGUGAUCGAAUUGAAGUCGGUGGUGAUCGGGGUAUGAUAAGUUAUAUCGGUGCUGUUGAGGGAUAUGAUGGAGAAUGGGUUGGUAUUGAUUGGGACAAUCCUGAACGGGGAAAGCAUGAUGGUGCCGUGAAAGGGAAACGAUAUUUUCAAGCUAGUUCUUCGAAAAGUGGUUCAUUUGUUCGACCUAACACAAUUAAGGAAGGGAAAAAUUUGCUAGAGGAAAUGAACGAUAGAUAUAUCAAUUACAAGCAGUGUGACAUGGUCGAAUUUGGAUCAAAAAAUGUGGAUCUUGUGGAUAUGGCGAAAAUAUACAGGAAGCAGAAUAAUCUAUGGGAAUUGCGAGUUAUAGCAUUGGAUAACAUGAAAGUUGCGAAAGCUCCACCAACCAGUUGCAAUCUUUUCAAGUAUUGUACGGAACUUAAUCUCUACAACAAUUUAUUAUCAAAAUGGUGUAAUUUGUUGGAUAUUCUCUGCUUUUUCCCAUCAUUACGCUUCCUUAUUGCAAGCCACAAUUAUAUGGAAAAAGGAAUGAAAUCAAUCACUGGUGAACGAAUGGUGUCAGCUCCAAUCAGUACGUUAGCACUGGGUGAAUGUCGCAUUGAUGAAAGCACGGCCCGGAAAAUUAUGAAUAUCUUUCCACAUGUACGAGAAAUUCAUUUGAAUCGAAAUAAUUUGGAAUACUUCGAUCCAGGAGUGUAUGGUCAUAAUUUAGAAAGCAUUGAUUUAGAAGGGAAUCCAAUUAACGAUUUUGCUAAUCUUUAUGUUUUAUCGACUUUACCGAACCUUCAAAAGCUCAAUCUGCUCAACUGCGGUUUGCGUCACAUUUUCAUUCCAGAUGAUAAUUGGUUCAGUUCAUUAUCUUCGCUGAACAUUAAAGACAAUCCUAUAAAAGAUAGACAGUGGAUUUUUGAAUUAGCUAAAUUCCCAAAACUGGAAAGAUUAUGCUAUUCUUGUUCUGAUGAUUAUGAUGAAGCUGAUUCCGGAAUUGAUCUUCGUGAAAUCAUUAUUGCUUGCAUACCUCAACUCAAAUUCUUGAGUAAUUCAGAAAUAAGUUCCAUUGAAAGAAAUUCUGCAGAAAUGCGUUUUCUCAAUAAAUUCGGUACAUCUUCGCCGACGAAAGAGUAUCGUGCUGUUGUAGAAAGAUUAAUCAAAAUACAUGGUGAACCGAGCAGUUUUUCUUGUGGUGGAAUGGAUUUACUGAAAUUAAAGCUGUCGUAUGAAGGAAAAGUCGUGGAACGUUCACUCCCUUCUACACUUACUGUACAAAGUUUAAUCGGUAUUACAAGCAGACUUUUUCAUCUUGAUGCUAGAAAAAUCUCACUUCAAGCUUAUGAUUGUCAAGGAUUUAUGAUGAAUUUGGAUAAACCAUUGCGAUCUUUGGGUUUUUAUUCGUUGUCUAAUGAGGAUACUAUUUAUACCACAGUUAUGUGA